CAAACCGGGGCAUCGAACCGGGCCCAACAAGGCUGCAUCCGAAAGAAAAGACAAAAAAAAAAAAAAGCCCGGAAACACUUGACGCAAUCUCACAGACGGAAGUUGUUGCCGGCAAGCAACGUCCUUCUUCACAGUUUCAGACGCCGAGGCGAAAAAAAUAAAUCAACGUUACAAGGUACCUUUGCUUCUCAAUUUUCUUGGAAACAAAGAAAACUCGAAUCCCAGGUGAAAGUUUUCUACUCCGCAUCAGUUCCAUAUAUUAUCUCGUUUGGAGAGAACGGGGGUUUGAGAUUAGGAAAAUCUCUCUCUUUUUGCGAGCAUUUUGGCCAGUCUAGGGAUUUUUUCUAGCAGUGCUACCCAAAUGCAACAGUCUCUGAUUUUGUAUUCUGUAGGGGGAACCGUUGUGGGGAUGGCUCUGAACACGGUGCACUGAUGUCACUAUUCUGGACUGUGAUUCAUCAGCUUGCAGAGAUCGGAGCAAUGGCCACAUCAAAGAAAGUGAUUACGAAAGAAGAGUGGGAGAAAAAGCUCAACGAUGUAAAGAUUAGGAAAGAAGACGUGAAUAAAUUGGUGAUGAAUUUCCUUGUCACGGAAGGUUUUGUUGAUGCUGCUGAAAAAUUCCGUAUCGAAUCUGGAACUGCACCAGAUAUAGAUCUUGCAACAAUUACAGAUCGCAUGGCAGUUAAGAAGGCAGUUCAGUGUGGUAAUGUGGAGGACGCAAUUGAGAAAGUCAAUGACUUAAAUCCUGAGGUGCAAAGAAUCUGGCAGAUUUAUUCUGUUACAGGUUUAAUUGCUAUUAUGUGGAAAUUUAAUGUGCAGAUACUGGACACAAACCCCCACUUGUUUUUCCAUCUCCAACAGCAAAGGUUCAUAGAGUUAAUUCGGAAUGGGGAAGUAGAAGAGGCUCUAGAGUUUGCCCAGGAGGAGCUUGCACCAAGGGGAGAAGAAAAUCAAAGCUUUCUGGAAGAGUUGGAGAGGACUGUUUCACUUCUUGCUUUUGAAGAUGUUUCCAACUGUCCUGUUGGAGAGCUUCUGGACAUAUCACAGCGGCUAAAGACUGCUAGUGAGGUGAAUGCAGCCAUCCUUACCAGCCAGAGUCAUGAAAAAGACCCAAAGCUUCCUAGCUUGUUAAAGUUGCUGAUAUGGGCCCAAAACCAGCUUCAUGAGAAGGCUGCUUAUCCUCACAUUAACGAAUUGUCUACGGCCAUACUUGAAGACCCUGCCAUCUGAGAAGGGGUGGCCAUGCUUGAAGACCCUGCUCUCUGAAAAGUAAAACUCGGUGUGACCUCGGGUCCUGAGUGUGGAGGUGUAGGCGUUUAGACUUUAGAUCAAGUUUGGUGUAAUGGAACGUGAUGUAUGCAAUUUCAUCUGAAAAAAGAGGGUAUCUAGUUGUCUCUUGCUUGUCAUUCAGAUUGGAUUUAAUUCCUUUCCUAAAGCUUUUUAGUGGCCUUAUUCUGUUGAACAAACGAUUUUGAAUAUUGUCUCAUUAUAUUCAUUACUAAGGUGGUUGAGAAUUUCUCCAAAA